AUGGUUGGUAGGUGGGUAGCGGUCUGCCUUUUACUGGGCUUUGUAAAUGGAAGGGAGAGAGUGGAUCCUCUGGUUCAAACGAAGCAAGGAAUUAUAAGAGGUGUUCGAGCCGAUUCUGGCGAUUAUUCCAUGUUCCUCGGCAUACCUUUCGGAAAGGUGGAUGAGAAUAACCCUUUUGGAGUAGCGACACCCUAUCCAAAAUUCGAAGAGACCUUCCUCGCUGAUGACGACUCAUCAAUAUGUCCACAAAUCGAAGAAUUCAAUAAUACUAUUGUGGGAUCCGUGGAUUGUCUUCACCUAAAUGUCUACGUUCCCAACAAAGCCAACUCAAGGAACAAACUACCAGUUUUAGUCUGGAUAUAUGGAGGUGGUUUCCGGAUUGGAUUUUCCGGCAGAUUCUUGCAUGGACCACAAUAUUUGGUUAGACAUGAUGUAAUUUUGGUUACUCUAAAUUAUAGACUUGGGCCAUAUGGUUUCAUGUGCUUGGACACUCCUGAAGUUCCAGGGAAUCAGGGUUUGAAGGAUCAGUUACUAGGACUACGCUGGAUUAAGGAUAAUAUAGAAUCAUUUGGCGGAGAUGUGAAUAAAAUUACUUUGAUGGGUGAAAGCGCUGGCGCUGUGUCUGUGGAACUCCACCUAUGGUCCAAGCAGGAGAAGCUGUUCAAUAGUGUUAUCUUACAAAGCGGUUCCGUAUACAGCCCCUGGGUUAUAAUGGAUACUGAUGUAACACAAGCAAUAAGAUUAGCUGGGAAGCUGGGUUAUGACACAGAUAGUUCGUCAGAGGCAAUAUCUUUCUUGGCAAAAACAGACAGUAAAUUGGUGAUCGCUGCCGCUUCAGAAAUGUCCAUGCGAUUCGGCGUGUGUAUAGAGAAAGAAUUUGAGGACGUCGAGAGUAUACUUAGCGAGCAUCCUAGAAAUUCUAAUGUCCCAAUGGCGAAGAAUAUUCCUAUACUUACAGGAUUUAAUAACAAAGAAAUGUUGGUCAGUUAUAUAAGCCAACCUGACAGUUACUUCGCUAAGUUGGACGUUUUUAACAGCUCCUUGAGUGAUUUACUUGAAUACGACGAGGAAUUCCAGGAGAUGGCAGAACUAGUCCGUCAUUUCUACAUCGGGGAUGAGGAGUUCAGUCAAGAAGUGAAAUGGGAACUGAUAGAUUUCAGCUCAGACAACGAUUUCAUUUACCCAGUUCACGAAAGCAUAGAGAAGUUUCUCGAAAACGGCGCCGAGAAGUUGUACCACUACGUGUUUUCUUACAGCGGUGACAGAAAUUUCGUGAAGAAGAGAAACAACGUAACCGAAAAGGGUGCCGCUCAUGCUGAUGAGAUAAGCUUUCUGUUCGACAUGACCUUUGAUCCGUCAAUCCCGACGGAAGAAGAUCAACAUAUUAUUGACGUGAUGACGACUUUGUGGACCAAUUUCGUUAAAUACGGGAAUCCAACACCAGAAACUACAGAGCUUAUACCUAUCAAGUGGCUCCCUGUCACCAAAGAUAUCCUCAACUGCUUAAACAUUGACUCAGAAUUAUCUCUCCAAAGAAAUAUUUACCACGAAAGAAUGGCUUUCUGGAAGCUCUUCUUCAAAACCAACCAGGCAAAAAUCAAAGGAUAUACACCAAUGGUACCGCUAAUGUAA